UCUGCUUCUUGAGACAGGAUCUUGCUGUGUAGUUCAGGUUGGCCUUGAGCUUGCAGUGAUUCACGCACCACCACAUCCGGCUGGGUCUCUGAGGGCUUCUGAGCUAGAACCCGAAGUGCGCACAGUGCACAAGUUUGGGGAUGGGUGUGGCGUGGCCCCAGUGAGCUGAGGGCUGUCGGCAGCCAUUGGAGAAAGCCUGCAUCGCAGCAGACUCCUGUGGCAGCUGACGGGUCCGGGAGCUUGGGUGGAGCCAGGGAAGCCCGGUCUGCUCUCCCUCCUCUGGAGGGUUUCCUGUCUCAAGCCCUGUGUCCUGCAGCCUGUCCCUAAGGCCCAUCAUUCCCAUCUAGAGGAAUCUUAUCGGGCAGAGGCUGCUCCGGGCUGGGACCGAGAGCCCUCAGGAGGGCGGGCUGUGUCAGCAGACAGGGCUCCCGCCCGGCUGCUCUGGGCCUAGGUGGCCUGCAGUGGGAGCACAGCCCCCUCGCCACCCCACUGAAGGACUGGGCUGCAUAGCUGAGGCUGUGGCCAAGGGACUCCCUGGAGUGGCUGGGCUGGGGGUCACGCUGGCCUCAGUAGCCGAUGUGAGUGAAGGCAGGAAGGCAGGACUACUGCCAGAGGUACUUCCUGCGCCAGGGAGAGUGAGCCAAAGCUGUGUGCUACAAACGCCUUUUCCCCUUGAACUACACAUCCCGCCCAUCUGGGCAGGAAUGGCCACUGACUGCCAAAGCAGAGUCCUCAUUCCUAAGGCGUGGAAGAAGGCCCUGGGAGAUGAGGCCACAGCCAGCCCCGCCUGAGCAUCUGGAGGGAAGGUGGGUGUGUAGCUGUGGAUGAGGGGCCACAGCUGCUGGAGCGUGGUGCGGCAUGGCCAGGACACCAAGGUGCCAGCUUUAUCUGGUGGCUGCCGUUUGUCUCCUCCCUGGGGUGACUGAUCCACCACCUUGCAGGCUCAGAACCAAGCAGGUCCACAGCCCUGGAGAUGGCCGUGGUGACCUGGCUCCAGACAGCUGGGCCUGGGCUUGUGCAGGGUCACUGCAAGGCGAGGCAGCACUGCAGCAGGGGGACAGAAGGAAUCGCCCAUCGCACCCUCCCCACCUUCCACUGUCCAAUGCUGAAGAGCCGGGACCCACCUGGCAGCUGAGGAACACUGGGGCGUUCGGGGUGGAGGGUGCAGGGCCUGAGUCUUCUGCUGCCCCAGGGCAGCCCAUGGACAGCACCGGCACAGGAGAUGGCCUGAAGGAACCAGAGGCCCCGUAACUCCUCUUGCAGCUGUUGUGGGCUGGGAUGGAACUGGACGUCACGGGGCAGCUGAACAUCCAGGACGAGGAGCUGGUGUCCAAGUGCCCGGGCCGCUGCCUCAGGCUCCUCCUGCAGCAGCUCAUGCUCGGGGACUUGCAGGGCACUAGGCAGCGGCUACAGCAGCUCCAGGACCUCUGGGAGGGGCCUCCCUUUAGCCCUUGGCCCUUCGAUCAACUGCUCCUCAGCCUGUCCUGCAUCUACCGGCUCCAUGGGUCACGCGUCUUCACCCUCCUGACACAGGCAGUGCUCUGGGACCUGUGCAAGGGCUUUUGUCCCCUUCCCCGGGGCCCUGGGCCUCCAUCCUUAACCGUUUCCUGACUGCUCCCUUUCACCUGCCAUCUCCUCCUCCUGGCACCUCCUCUAACCUGAGCCAGACCCACAUAGGGCAGGGGCUCCCACCUGACACCUGGAUCUUCCUACUCAGGGCUCUGGGCUUGGCUGGCACCCUGGGAACCCCCACCCCGAUGCUUACCCCACCUUCUUCCCUGGACCUUGAAAGGUGGAAAGUGCAGGGCCUGGGUCCAGGUAGCAGGCACACGCUGAGGCAGGCAUGUAUGCAGCGUGCACGAGUGUGCCGGUGUGUCUGGACUGAGAAGUGCGUUUCAGCGAUGGAAAGGGAAACUGCUCCAAGCAAGCUCAGGGCUCCCUGUCCAGCUCCCUGCCCCAGGCAAUCUGGGGGAGGCACUGAGGAAGGAAUCCCAGCCCUCGGUCCUGAUUUCCUUAUCCCCUCAGUCCUGACCAGGCUCCGCUCCUCAAGUGUCUGGAAGGAAGGGAAGCAGGUGGAAGGGUGGCUGGGGAGGGUUUUUUAAAAAGGACUCUGGUUGUGGGUCAGCAAACCUCCAGUGAGCCUCUUGGGGAAAAAAGGGUGGGAGGGGCCGCUCACUCGGACCGGCUGAGGGAGCCCCGACUGUAAUUCAUCCCAUGAAAGACUCGCUCUGGCUUCCUAGGGCAUACGUCAUUCCGCUGCAGAUGAAGCUGUCUAACGGACGUCCUGUCACACCCACCUCCCCGUGCUGGGCGACCGGGCAUCAACCCUUCACCCCAUUCCCACACCUUGCUGGAAAAAACAUGCUGUUUCCUUCGGUCCCGGCUAUGGGGAAGCUGUCCUUUGUCAUAAACAGGAAUCAGCAGGGCCCGAAGAAUAAGGUUGUAAAUCAGCAGGUGCGGUCAGUGACACAUCUAUAAUCCCAUCACUCAGGGAGGCCGAGGCAGGAGGAUCACAAGUUCGAUUCUAGCCCGGCGAGUUUAUUUAUCCAGACACUGUCUCGAAAUAAAAAAUACAAGGGGGGGGAUGGCUCAGCGCUAAGACUGGGUUCAAUAUCUAGUAUACCAGGAAAACAAAAUGAGGAGG